AUGUAUUUAGAUGGAGCUGCAGCUGCAUCAACAUAUCAUACUACUAUAACCAGUCAAACUACAUCGACUUCUCAAUAUCCAACAACAACUGAACCCGCAGUAACAAAUCAAUCAACAAUUUUGCCAAUAAUCACUACAGCAUAUGCAACUCCCCAGACAUCCACAAUAUCUCAACCUCCGAUCGAACCAACGUCUACAACAGAUGAAGCUGUUACAGUGCCUGAGCCUGUCAUAUCUGAUCACUCUACAACUAGAUCAUCCACUACGACCAGUCGAACUGCAUCGAUUCAUCAAACUUUAACUACACCUCAGCCCGCCAUAACAAGUCAAUCUACAGACAAGCCAAUCAUUACAACGGGUCUGAGUCUAGAAACGUCUCAAGAUCCAGCAUCAACUCAAUCCACUAUAACAAGUCACUCUACAAUUUGGUCAAUCAUUACAGAAUAUGUAAAUAUAGCAACUCUCCAGACACCAACAAUAUCUCAACCUACGAUUAAACCAACGUCUACAACAGAUGAAACUGUUAUAGUGCCUCGAACUUCAACAACGCCUAAGCCUGUAAUAUCUGACCACUCUACAGCCAGACCAUCUACCACAACAGAUAAGACUGUUACAGUGCCUCGAACUUCAACAACGUCUGAGCUUGUAAUAUCUAGCUAUUCUACAACCGGACCACCCACUAUAACAAGUCAAACUGUAUCAAGUCAUCAAAUCGUAACAACACCUCAGCCCGUCAUAGCAAGUCAAUCUACAGACAAGCCAAUCGUUACAACGGAUCACGGUCUAGAAAUGUCUCAAGACUCAGCAUCGACUCAAUCCACUACAACAAGUCACUCUACAAUUUGGCCGAAUACGAAAACAGUCGAUAAGGUAACAACAAAGGACGUGUCACCAACUACACUUCUGACUGAAAGUUCAACAGAAGACAUGCCAACAUCCACUGAACCGAAUCGUGAACUACAUCCAUCAGAUUAUUUUGUUGCCCAUAAGUGUAAAGAUGGCAAUUACACUGGGGAGUUCUGCAAUAUAUCAAUGAUGCCUUGCGAUUCAAAACCUUGUUAUAAUAGAGGAAAUUGUACCAAUGAUCCUAGUCUUCUUCAUGGCUAUAGCUGCACGUGUAUGCCAGGUUUUAUCGGUAUCGAUUGUGAACAAGAUAUUCGACUUUGUAAAUCGAAUACAUGCUUACAUGAAGGUUUGAGUUAA